AUGACUAAAAUUAAUAAGCCACCCACGACCAGCAACCCCAAUAUUAAAUUAAAGAAACCCAAUUCGAAAGAAGAAGAGGACUUCAUGCAACCGGUAAAAAAAACAGUGAUCGCCAAAAACAUAAAGAUUGUGAAAAAACCUGAAGAUAUAAAUGCAUCUCCGAGAAAGAGCGAAAAUGAAAGUGCGGAUAAAGCCAAAACGGGAGUAAGCAGCACAGACCCCAAGGCUAAAUCUGGAACAACUGAUAAUAAGGGGAAAAGCGGCACGGAUAGUAAUUCACAAAAAAAUGCCGCGGGAAGUGGAGGCGCGCAAGUGGGGUAUUUCUCCUGGUUAUGGAGGUACUUUCCUAAAAAGAAGACCUAA